AGACAUUGUUCUCUAGAUCACUGUGAAGUAAGUCCCCUUUUCUUGUCAAGAGGAUGUCUAGUGCAAAGGUAUGGUGUUGGUACCUGUUCUGACUAUAGGGAAUCAGAACAAUUUAAAAAGUCAAGCAAGUAUUUUUGACUCUGCACAUGAACUGGAUAUCAUUAAAUGUCAAGGAAGACCCUAGGCUGCCUCCAUCCCACUUUAACUGGAAUAGGUGGCCCAGAAACUAGCUUACUGCCUGCUUUGCGGAUCCUAUGAUCUUGGAAUGAAGAUAACAUGGAUAAAGUAGAAAUUGUUUGCAGCCUUUCCGCUUCCUAAUAAUAUAAGCUAUUAGAAGUCUGCUCUCAGCAAGCUGCAGUGAGAGAGAAGCUCCACCCUCAGGCUUCCUGCCCCAAAGCCCUUCACAAGCAGCUGCCAAUUCCCAUAUGCAAAAAAAGAAGAACCCUGUUUUUCCCAGGGAAUGAGCAAUAAACAUGGCCCAGAGAGCACUGAUGAAACUUGAUGUGCUGGAGAAGUUUGAGAAGAAAAUACUAAAAAAAUAUGCAAUGAUUGAUAGCCAAACUCUUGAGAGGGUACAGUUCAGUCCAUUUGUUAAAAAACCACUGACAUUUGAAUUUAGACUGGAUCAUGAUGUGCAUAGGGUUAGAAGAGCAAGUACGCCUGCAGUUCCAUAUACUCAGCGGGCUACAGAGAAUCAUCGGAGCUCAGUUCAAUCAACAGAAAGUACUUGUAGGCCUAAAUCUGCAUCAGCACGACAACUAACUCAACAGAAUCGCUUUAACAAACCUGCUGUGAGGCCAUUUAGUGCUCCAGCCAACAUGAAAUGUAUACCAAGUGAUCAGAAAGGGAACCUGCAGGUUGUGGGCAGUGGCUUCAUGAUCUUGAAACAAAAGCAAAAGCUAAAACCUACUCAUUUCUCCACAGAAUUGCUGUCAAAGGAUGCAAGCAGUAUUCUGCGCCACACAGAUAUGCUUUACGAUGAUGUACCUGCCGGGGCCAGUGCUCAUGAUGGAAAGACAACUGUCACCGUGGGAAAAGGUGACAAAAGAAACCAAUUCAGAAAUGAAGUUGCUUGGUAUCCGGAAAGAGAUGGGACACUCAGAUUCCGUAGACAUGAUCAUUUGUUGCCAGAUGACCGGACUAUAAGGAAAUAUACGCUUCUUGAAGAUGGUUUAACUAAUCAGGGAGAAAAGAUUAUGAAGAGUAAUAUCUACUCCAAGGGCACUGUUCUGAAAGAGAAGAAAGCUUUAAUACCCUUGUGCAUUGAAGAUGAAAUAGAAAAACCAAAUGCCAAAAUAAUCAAAGUUCACCGCCCAAGUGCACAACAGCGCAGUCCAAUGAAAGCAAGUGAAACAUAUCCCAUCUUCUGUAACAAUGACGGGUAUAUGCAGAAGUAUGUUUUGAACAGAUGGCUUGCCUUAUAUGGAGACAAAGCAUUUUAUGAUGCAAGUAAGAAAAGUGAGGUUCAUAUGCAUCUAAACCCAGUUCUACAAAAUAACUAUAAUGAAUCCAUUGCAAUACUUGGAAAGAAAAACUAUGAUCCUUCUCAUAUACCUAUAAAGAGGAAUAAAAAGUCCACAUUUUCCAGGAAAAAAGAAAUAAUCAGCAUUAUUAUGGAGAGAGAACGUUAUAUCCGCACAUGUUCUCGGAAAGAGAGACCACUUAUGAGGAAAAUGGGUAAAAGCUUGCCUAAUGCUAUGAGAAGACACACUGUACUAGAAAGGAAAAUUUCACAGACCAUACCAAAGUGUAGAAAAGAUGCCUUUAUGGUAUUUGGAGCUAAUCCUGAUGGUGAAAUAUGCCAUGACACAUCACCUAGCAACGUGAUUUUAGAAAUAAAACCCCAGGUCAGAGGCUAUUUUGACAAGUCAAUUGAAAAAAGUCGUAGGAAAGAGCUACUGAUUUAUGUGGACUAUAUACCAAUCUCAAAGCCAAUUCCAAUUAAUGCAUCUGGAAGUAAACUCGCUGGUCAGGACCUCUCUCAUUCUACCAGCAAUUCCACGGUUUUAGUACAUGAGUGCACUAAAACCAAACCAAAUGCAAAGGAGAAAUCUGCUGAGUAUCACAAUGCUCCUUCUGACAAUAAGCCCUCUCUAGAUGAAGGCAGGCUCGGUGGCCUAGAGUUCUCAGUCUCACGCUCCCACUCUGUAGGCCAAGAAGGCAGUGAGAGAUCAAUCAGGCCAACAUCAUCUUUGGCACUAAGGGAAUUUUCAUCAGAAUUAAAUAAUGACCUUAGGCCCUCUGAAUCAGGAGUAUCAGCUAUACCUUUGGAAGAGGAAAGUAUGCUGCUCAUCCAUUCUCCACUUGUAAGCAUACCAACAGCACAAGAUGAUUCAGCUGAAUCCAGUAGACGCCAGAGCAUACAGAAGACAACAAAUACUUGAGAAAAGUGGUAACAAAAACCCCUACUGGCAUCAGCUUGUGAAAUGUAGGGUGUAGUGUGAAGUGCUUUCAGCACUGUUAAUAAACCUGUAAAAGGACUGUUUUGACCAAA